AGAGUAGGGUUGUCUGAUUCUUUUUAAUCGCCCGGCUGUGGUAGUUGAAUCAUCAACAGGAAAAGAGAACAAGAGGAAGACCGAGGAGGAGGAGGAGGACGAGUAAGAGGAGGACGAGCAACGGCGGAACAACAAGAAGAUGACGAGGAGGACGAUGACAACGAAAAAGAAGGAGGAGGAGAAAAAAAUCAAAAAGAUGAGAGGAAUAAGAACAAGAAGGAGAAGGAGAAAAAGGCAAUAACAACAGCAAGAAACUCAUGCUGGUGCCGCUACUGGUUGUGGUCUGAUUUYACCGCUAGCUACUACGACGUACUGCAUCAUGAAGUACUAGUAGGCUAAUAAUAUUAUUAGCUAGUCGUGUAUUGCGAAGUAGAACUGCUGGUGCCGGUAAUACUAAGAGGAAGACAAGAACUACUAGUUCAAGAAGAAGCAAUGGUUGUGAGCCUAAAUCAUGAGUAGAUAGUGAAUAAGCUCACUCUUUAUUGUAAACACGUAAUUAUACGACACUAAAGAGCAUACAUACAUUUCGCAAGUUAUGGUUUCUGUGGAUACUGUAAUACUGUAGACAGUAUGCUAAUGGCAGCAGUAGGUCGUCAAUCACUUGUAGAAGGCUAGUUUGAAGUUCCUCCGCGGCAGUACUCUGUACUGUAGGAUUGUUGACGAACUAUUUUUUGAGUACUAAUAGUAGAACAAUUACUACUACUAGUAGUUCUUACUCGAUGACAUCCCGGUGGUUCCGUAGCUGCGCUUUUGCGAUCGAGACCCGCACUCAGCAUCACGCGAUAUUUACUGCUURGUACUUGUACUGCCUGUCUUACAGUGUAUUCUCGUCUUAAAACGUAUCGCAAAGAAUCUACUGGACUCUUCAGGGGUUCGACCGUUGGAUCACAUCCAUCACGGAGCCUCAGACCCACAUUUUCGAGAUUUCUUUCUCGMAUACCAUUUUCACGGUAGGAUACUAGUAGGAUUUGGUCUCGAAACCACAACAAGAUCCUGAUCGACGGAGGAACCUACUAAUGAAUGCAGGUGCCACCCAGGCAAUUCUACACACGAACCAUGUUGAUUCGUUCCAUGAAUAGCCGUAAUUUGAAUGCAAUCUUUAGGUACCACCAUGGCCAAUGGUCCUUUCGAUGUUGAUCUUCUUGUACAGUGCCGUACUACUGUGCACAACAUCUACGUAUUAUUAUGUAUGUAAAGCAACCAUUAAAAAAAAUAACGAAUAUUCCGUACUACAGUAUCGUACCUAUCUUCUGAUCAUCGAGGGAAACUACGGUACGGGGGCACAACGACUGGCACCCAUUUCCCCACAACCAACAAUGGAAGAAUGCCACCACGUCGGUUUUGUUACACCCUGGACGUGGUAACAGAUGGUUCCGAGCACACCGGUUGCGGGACCCUCUUUCUGUCGGUUUGGAAGAUCCCUCUUUCGGUAUCGGCUGCGUCCGCCGGUGGUGGCGAACCCAAACACAGCAGCGAAAGCGACGACGCCAGCGAUUCGGCUUGUAGCAGCGAUUCGAACGAUUCGAGUGGCAGCAGUGGCAGYGAGGGGGGCAACGAGGAAGAGGACGAAGUGGACCAAUUCGACGMAGCAGCAGAAGAAUCCAAAGGCUCGGAAUGCAGCAACGACCCGGUCCACUCCUGGCUCACCGGAGAUGACAUCGGGGAAUCCACAGACGAAACCGGAACCAAGCUCCCGAGCCACCACGACCCCGGCGACGCCCUCGUCGCCCGGUACGCUCUUUCCGGGGCCGGGGAUGCCCUUGCACGACUGUGUGCCGACCAGCGGUUCAAGCUAGCCCGGACGAGGGCGUGUUUCCUGCCCUCUCUCGGAAGGGGUGCCUCGGACGGCCUGAGUGCCCUCUUUCUGGCCCUGCACGGAGCCGGAGCGCCRUCGCUCCACGUGGUGGUUCCCUCGUCGUUCGAGCGGGGCUUCUGCCGSAAGCCCCGGAACGGCGGCCGGCCGCAGGGGGGGGACACCAGUGGCGGCKCCUUUGUCGAAGAACUCGCCACCAUUGCCCUCGGUGCGCACAAGGCAUUCGACAUCCGGACCUGCGAGGUUCGGWCACCCAGCCAAGCCGCAACCGCAACAACGGCGACGACGACAAGGCCCGAUUCCUUUGUUUGGUGGAAGGUGUACGAAGACGAACACCUGUUGGUUCACGCGAGCUCUUGCAUCGGGCCGGAAACCUCGUCGGCGGAAGGAUCGGACCCCUCGCGGUGGAACAAACGAGAGACCUCGGCUUCAUCCUSUCUGGUCUUUCUGUAUUCGUUCCACUCGCCACCUAAGGGUGAAUCCGGCCUUGGAAAAGCGGGAGCAAGUGCCAAUACUGCUGCAACGAAUUCCUACUGUACCCUGGCAUUGUUCCCCCCGUGCUGYGGGGACGCGGAGAAUGCUUGCGAACGAUUGGUGCAAAGAAGCACGAACCUUCCGGUCCUAGGAGAAGGCAUUCCCAUGAGCUCUAUCGACUAUGUAAUAUUUCUAGAUCCAAAGGGGYACACCGKUGGAAUGACCGAAACGGACAARCCAAGAUUCUUCCGGUGGACAACCCCCAGCAUCGGAAASAGCMGGGUGUUGGUAACGCUGCCACAGGCAAACGGGCRCCAYCCGGAGGGUCCGCUCUCGAACCAUCGCGCAAGAGCGGUAGCCGACGAGGGCAUUUUGGUUCGCUCCCAGCAGCUCCACCGAAGGCUCUACGGUCGUAUGCCGCGGGCCUUUGUCGAACCGCCAGGGGCKGCACGGGAAGWYUCCGAUACGGGCAACAAGGCCGGUCACGCAGRUAGUGGUCCAAGGACCGGUCACAACGGGCUCGUGCUGCAAUCGGGGACGUCGCUCGUGCUGGAAAAGGCUUCGAGAGGCGCCCGCCAUUGGAAGSAAUGGAAUCGAAAGAAAAGCAUCUGGAACAAAGAGCCGAGGGACGARUGGACCAGGGGAACACUGGAUACGCUGCGGUCCUUCCUUCGUCCCGAGCUAAACGAGGCCUGUAUCACGCCAGGUGAAGACGAUGACAAAAAUGAGAAAAGAGUGAAUGCCGAACAAUCGAUAACCGACCAAAACGAGAUCGAGCUCGAUGAAGCCGAAGAAGAGGAAAUUGAAAUKGAAAAGACAGAUUCGAUGAUCGACCAGAACGAAAUCGAGCUAGAAGACGAAGGCGAAGAAAGCAGCGGCAACGACAAAGGCAACGAACGAAACAAACCACCAUUGAUAACCGGCCAGAACRAAAACGAGYUAGAGGAUGAAAACGAAAUAGAUCUCGACGACGAGAACGAUGUCCCAGAAAAUGAUCCAAAGGAUGGCAACGACAUCCAUCUCGAAGGGRAUGGUGGAGGUAGCUCUAUCCGGUGGAAUGGCAACAAUACUCUGCAUCGGGGCAGACCCUUCGAAGCCAUCGAUCGCAACGUCGCCUCGAGGGGUYGCGGCCCCCGCUUGUUGGUUCUCGGAACGGGGUGUGCGACUCCUUCUGCCUACCGCGGCGCAUCGGGUUAUGCCUUGGUUCUGCCUUCUCCGGGUACCGAUCCCGAGAGGGGCCGGGGCAUCCCGCGGCAGCAWUACUGCUACMGGCAGCAUACAAACCACAGCUCCAAUGGAUUUGAUCMACCUCAACGCAUCGAAAACGAAGCAGGYGACCAAAUCUAUCUCUUGGAUUGCGGCGAGGGGKCUUCGACCAUGCUCUCUAGGAAUUGCGGCCACAUUACCGAUUGGUCAACCAGGGUGCGUGGGAUUUGGAUCUCUCAUUCCCAUCUGGAUCACUACGGAGGAUUGCCCACCUUGCUGAGGAUUCUUUCGGACGAGCGAAAGCUGCAAGAAGCAACAUUCCGCGGAAUGCCGGAAAGGACAGAGCAUCCAGACACGCAAAAUCGGAAACGACCGAGACAGUCGCCAAGCGCGACCGGCGCCGAUAGCUUGCCAGCAGUCCCGUGGGUUGUUGCCCCCGCAAAAGUCCUCCGAUACCUCGACCUGAUCCUGGACUGCCACCACGGCCGCAGCAGGGAUGGAACMCAMAGGKUCUGCUUCGAACCAAGGCCCCACCACGACCCGAGGAUYCCGAGCGGUCCUUUUUUUCACUUUGAAAACGUCAAGGUGUACCACAAUUGUUGCCCCGCGUUUGGUCUCUUGCUCGGAUGGAAAACCGACUCGGAAUCCGAUCCCACCCAAAGCGGGAAGGCAUCUGGCACGAGACGUGCACGCACGAAAACCCAGUUCMUGUGCUAUUCCGGCGAUACCCGUCCYUCUCACAAUCUGGUUCGAGCCUGCCGGCGGGCUCUACAGAGAUGCGGCCAAACGUCGUUCCGCCCCGAUCGAGCUCCCGGCCCAUACCAGAACCCGAUCAAGAAAAGCGGGCCCGUCGACCUCUUUUUGAUUCACGAGGCAACCUAUCGAGAAGCCGAAUCGGCCAUGGCAUACCAGAAGAAGCAUUCCACGCUUUCCGAGGCMCGGAUGGUCGCCACUGAYACGGGCUGCUCCCGCGUCUUGAUGUCUCAUUUCUCGCAGAGGUACGACAACACGACGAAAGAAAGGAAAGACGCCUCCGAACGCCCGGAAAGCAACAACGGYAGCAAGAAUAACAGUCUUGUCAYGGAAAGCACUCCCACAACCAGCGAAACGAAUCCUAUGAAUGCACCUACCGAUGACAGCAGCAAGCCUAUUGUGGGACUCGCCGCAGACGGUUUGUGGAUUGCRUUGGAUCACUAGCUGAUGCGCAAAGUAAAUAGUAAGGAUCCCAAGUCUCCCAAAAGCACUGCAUUGUCUCUCUAAAAAGCUAUAAUCGAAUAAAAAGAAACACGCGAA